AUGGUGUCGCAGCAUUUCCUCCUUAUGAUUGGAUUAAUACUCUGUGUCAGAGUUGACUGGUCCUCGGCAGUCAUCCCUGUGGAAGAGGAGGACCCCCUCUUCUGGAACGUGAAAGGGAAGGACUCACUGAGAAGGGCCCUGGAUCUGAGGCCCGACCCACACCGGGCCAAAAACCUCAUCCUCUUUCUUGGGGACGGGAUGGGCAUCGCCACGGUGACAGCAGCCCGGAUCCUCAAAGGGCAGAUGGCAGGGCGGACAGGAGAGGAGACAUCCUUGACCAUGGACACCUUUCCCUACCUGGCCCUGUCAAAGACGUACAACGUUGAUCAGCAGAUGCCGGACAGUGCGGCCACGGCCACCGCCUACCUGUGUGGAGUGAAGGCCAACUACGGCACUCUAGGGCUCAGCGCGGCUGCCCGCCGUUACCAGUGCAACACUACCAAGGGCAACGAGGUGCUGUCUGUGCUGCACAGAGCCAGAAUGGCAGGGAAGUCGGUGGGCAUCGUGACCACGGCGCGUGUGCAGCAUGCCUCCCCAGCGGCCGCGUACUCCCACACAGCCAGCAGAGGCUGGUACAGUGACGCCAACCUGUCCGAUGACGCAGUGCAUUAUGGGUGCCGAGACAUCGCCUACCAGCUCGUCCACAACACAGACAUCCAUGUGAUUCUAGGGGGAGGGAGAGAGUACAUGCUGCCCAAUGACACUCGGGAUCCAGAGUACCCCGCCUCUAUGGGAGCACGGCUGGACAAGACCAACCUCAUUCAGGAAUGGCUGAAAGGCAAGAAGAGAGCCAAGUUUGUGUGGAACAAGGCAGAGUUCAAUCGUGUGAAUGAGCACAACACAGACUAUUUAAUGGGACUGUUUGAGCCGAAGGACUUGAGAUAUGAGCUGGAUCGUAAUAUAGCCACUGACCCUUCGCUGACAGAGAUGGUGGAGAAGGCCGUGAAGAUCCUAAGCAAGAAUCCCAAUGGAUAUUACCUCUUUGUGGAAGAUGAUGGGAGAAUAGAUCAUGGCCACCACGGUGGAAAGGCCAAACUGGCACUGACCGAGGCGGUGGAGUUUGACCGGGCUAUUGCCAGGGCGGCGGAGCUGACCAGUGAGCUAGACACCUUGUCCGUUGUGACCGCCGACCACUCUCACGUCUUCAGCUUCGGAGGCUAUUCUCCCAGGGGGAAUCCUGUCCUGGGGCUGUCUAGAGAAAUGGGAAAGGAUGGAAAACCCUUCACUAAUGCACUGUAUGGAAACGGACCAGGGUACAGACUGAUGAACGGAAGCCGUCCAGAGAUCAAUGCUACCAUUGCAAGUAAUAAGGAGUACAUGCAGCAGUCAGCCGUGCCUCUGUCCGCAGAGACCCAUGGCUCCGAGGAUGUGGCCAUUUUUGCCAAAGGUCCCAUGGCCCACCUCUUCCACGGGGUGCAGGAGCAGAGCUACAUCGCCCACGCCAUGGCCUACGCUGCCUGCAUCGAGCCGUACACAGACUGCAGGCUGGAGCUGCCUCCAGAGCCUAGCCACGCUGUGAUCCCACAGUCAGGGCUCCUGGCCCUCAUUUUGAGCCUGCUGGCCUUCAUACAUGCCUUUAUGGCUGCGUGA